AUGGCCCCCGCCAAUACCCUCCCCGCCUGGUCUGAUCUCCAGUCCCACCGCGACAGCGUUGGCAAGUCCUUCGUUCUCAAGGAGGCUUUCGCUUCUGAUCCUCAGCGAUUCGACCGUUUCACCCGCACCUUCAAGUCCGACGUCAGCUCCGACAUUCUCUUCGAUUUCUCAAAGAACUUCCUCACAGAUGAGACUCUCGACCUUCUCGUCAAGCUCGCUGAGCAGGCUGGUGUCGAGAAGAAGCGCGAUGCCAUGUUUGCUGGUGAGAAGAUCAACUUCACAGAGGACCGUGCCGUCUACCACACUGCUCUGCGAAACGUUGGUGGCUGGGACAUGAAGGUUGACGGUGUUGAUGUUAUGAAGACACAGGGAGGCGUCAACGACGUUCUCCAGCACAUGAAGGAGUUUUCCGAGCAGGUCCGCAGCGGAGAGUGGAAGGGAUUCACUGGAAAGAAGCUCACCACCAUCAUCAACAUCGGUAUUGGUGGUUCUGAUCUCGGCCCUGUCAUGGUCACCGAGGCCCUCAAGCACUACGGCGCCGACGACAUGACCCUCCACUUCGUCUCCAACAUUGACGGAACCCACAUCGCCGAGGCCCUCAAGAACUCUGACCCCGAGACCACCCUCUUCCUGAUCGCCUCCAAGACCUUCACCACCGCAGAGACCACCACCAACGCCAACACGGCCAAGACCUGGUUCCUCGAGAAGACCGACAACAAGGGCGAGAUCGCCAAGCACUUUGUUGCUCUCUCCACCAACGAGGAGGAGGUUACCAAGUUUGGUAUCGAUAGCAAGAACAUGUUUGGCUUUGAGAGCUGGGUCGGUGGCCGAUACUCUGUCUGGAGUGCUAUUGGUCUGAGCAUUGCUCUCUACGUUGGCUUUGACAACUUCCACAAGUUCCUCAGCGGUGCUCACGCCAUGGACAAGCACUUCCGUGAGACUCCCCUCAAGGAGAACAUUCCUCUUCUUGGUGGUCUUCUGAGUGUUUGGUACUCUGACUUCUUCCAGGCCCAGACUCACCUGGUUGCUCCUUUCGACCAGUACCUCCACCGAUUCCCUGCCUACCUCCAACAGCUUUCCAUGGAGUCUAACGGAAAGAGCAUCACCUCUGAUGGUUCUUCUGCCAAGUACACCACUGGACCUAUCCUUUUCGGAGAGCCUUGCACCAACGCUCAGCACUCCUUCUUCCAGCUUGUCCACCAGGGCACCAAGCUGAUCCCCACCGACUUCAUCCUCGCUGCCAAGUCUCACAACCCCGUCAGCGACAACCUCCACCAGAAGAUGCUUGCUUCCAACUACUUUGCCCAAGCUGAGGCUCUCAUGGUUGGCAAGACUGACGAGCAGGUCCGUGCCGAGGGUGCUCCUGAGGAGCUUGUCCCCCACAAGCGGUUCUUGGGUAACCGACCUACCACCUCUAUCCUCGUCGGCGGCUCCAUUGGCCCUGCCGAGUUGGGUGCUCUGAUCGUCUACUACGAGCACCUCACCUUCACUGAGGGUGCUAUCUGGGACAUCAACAGCUUCGACCAGUGGGGUGUUGAGCUGGGUAAGAGUCUCGCCAAGAAGAUUCUCAAGGAGCUUGAUGAGGCAGGUAACGGUGAGGGUCACGAUGCUUCUACUGGUGGCCUCAUUGGUGCCUUCAAGAAGUAUGGUAACUAA